AUGCCUCAUACCGUCGGCUGUUUCGCUCUUACACAUCAUAUUCUACUCAACUACUUACCCCAGAUAAAUAUGUCACUUCCCGAGACCUAUCGAGCCUUUAGACGUACAACUGGCGAUUUUCCUCGGACCGUUGAACCGUCAAUCGAGACCGUGCCACGCGUACUUGGACCGAACGAUGUCCUGAUCAAAGUCCACGCAGUCUCACUCAACUUCCGCGAUGUUGCCAUGUUAAACGGGAUAUAUCCGAUGACAAUGGAAGACCGAGGCAUUCCAUGCUCUGACGCUGCUGCCGAGGUCGUCGCAGCCGGGUCAGCCGUCGAAGGCUUUGUUACCGGAGACCAUGUUUCGGUUAUAAGUGACCUCAACAACAUCACGGGAUCUGAAGACGAACCUCUUUAUGGUCUUGGUGGAGACACCGCUGGUGUUCUUCGCGAAUACGCCGUUUACCAGGAUAAGCAUCUUGUGAAGCUACCUCGGCAUCUAUCAUGGGAAGAGGCGGCUACUAUCACGAUCGCUGGUGUCACGGCUUGGACGGCCCUUGAUGGCUUGACCACGGCAUCCAAGUCACGCAGCGCUCUCAUGCAAGGCACCGGAGGCGUCAGCAUGUUCGCCCUACUGAUUUGUCUCGCGGCGGGCAUCCAGCCAAUCAUCACAUCUUCAUCGGACGAGAAGCUUGAAGCUGUUAAGAAACUUGACCCUCGAGUCCGCGGCAUCAACUACAAAACCACCCAAGAUCAAGGAGCAGAAGUCCGGCGUUUGACGGACGGCCAGGGUGUCGAUUUUGUCAUCAACAAUGCGGGUCCAGGAUCGGUUCCCCAGGAUAUCAGCUUCCUGCGCCAGCGAGGCGGUACAGUGUCACUGGUUGGCUUUCUAGGUGGUAUCGGUGGCGAUUGGCAGCCUGCCGCUAUUAUGGCCUUGAUGGCCAAGUCUGCUAAGAUCAAGGGAAUUGCUGUAGGCUCUAAAGAGGAUUAUAUAAACCUGAAUCGGUUCUUGGAAGAGAAGAAGGUUUCCCUUUCUCCGCUUGUGGACCGUGUUUUCUCGUUUGAGGAGUCGCCAGCAGCCUUUGAGUAUCUCUAUUCAGGCAAGCAUGCAGGAAAGGUGAUCAUCAAGAUCUAG